UAUUAUUUAUGUUUUUGAUGGAAAAAAACAAUCAAUUUGGUUUUAUUAAUUAAAAAUCGAAAUAAAUAACAAAUCUUUGCUCUAUUAAAGUAAUAAUAAACUUCAACCAUGGAGGAUGAAUUACCUAAAGAGUUUGACUUAAUAGUCAUUGGUACAGGUUUUCCAGAAUCUUGUGUGGCAGCCGCCGCAAGUAGAAUUGGAAAAACAGUGCUGCAUAUAGAUCCCAAUGAAUAUUAUGGUGGCUCAUGGGCAUCAUUUAAUUUAGAUGCAUACAAUACAUUCCUACAUCAGUCACAAGACUGUGGUAACAAUAAUGAAAUCCGUAACACUAAAUGUGAAUGGCAUAUACCAGCUGAAGUGGAGGACGUGGCAGAAAGUCCCGAGGAAAAUGAAAAUGUCAAUCUAACAGAUGACAUGAAAUCAAAAACCCAGGAACAGUGGUCUGUGGAUAAACUGAUGAAAUUGUCUAGAAAAUUCAAUUUGGACUUGUGUCCAAAGAUUCUUUAUUCUUCGGGUGCUUUGGUACAGCUGUUGAUAUCCUCAAAUAUUUGUCGUUAUGCUGAGUUUAGAGCGGUAGAUCGCAUUUGUACCCAAUUCCAAGGACAACUAUUAAAUGUGCCCUGUUCACGCAGUGAUGUUUUCAAUACAAAAGACUUGAAUAUAGUAGAAAAACGUUUACUAAUGAAAUUUCUCACAUUGUGUCUGACCUUUGGCGAAGACAAAUGUGAAGAAGAUACUUCGGAAUUUAGAGGCAAAACAUUUGCAGAAUAUUUGCGUGCCCAAAAAGUUACAGAGAAAAUCAAUAAAUGUGUUAUGCAAGCCAUAGCUAUGGCCAAUGAGGAGACACCCUUCGAAGUGGGGAUGGAACGUACUAAAAAGUUUCUACAAAGUCUGGGACGUUACGGUAAUACACCGUUCAUAUUUCCCAUGUAUGGUUGUGGAGAAAUUCCGCAAUGUUUCUGCAGACUAUGCGCUGUCUUUGGUGGUAUUUACUGUUUGAAGCGUCAAAUUACUGCUGUUGACAUGGAUGAAGCUUUAAAAACGGUGUCCAUAGAAGUAGAUGGACAACAGCGAAUACAGGCUAAACAUGUAGUUUGCUCUUCUAACAAUAUGCCAGCGCAGCUGAGAAACGCCAAUCCAAAGAAUUAUUUAUCGAGAGCAAUAUUUUUGGCUUCAUCGCCAUUGGGUAAUGAGGCUCUUAAUAAUGGAGGAGGUGGUGUUAAUCUAUUGAGGCUGAUUGAUAGUGAUGGCAAACGCGAAGCUGUACUUAUACAAUUAUCUCACUAUUCGGGAACAUGUCCCAAAGGAUUGUACAUUUUCCACUUAACAACUCCAGCUCUCUCCGAUCAGCCCAGUUUAGAUUUGGAACCUUUUGUUCAACAAGUAUUCAAUAGCACUACGCCUACAACACCUAAACUAUUAUACUCCUCUUACUUCUCAAUAUCCAGUUACGAAUUGGAAAAUAAUUUAUCGUCUCUAAUCUAUAAUACAGCACCACCAUACUAUGAGCUAGACUAUGAUUUAUCUAUUGAUAAUGUCCGUGGAAUUUUCUCUAAAUUAUAUGAAAAUGCUGAAUUUCUUCCAAGAGCUCCCGAUCCAGAAGAGAUUGUUAUCGAAGGAGAAGAUCCUAAGGCGUUGAGUGAACAGCAAUUGCCCGAUGAUUUGCGUGAACAAUUGAGAGAAUUGGAAACAUUUACCGAACAAAUGGAAAUAGAAGAGGGCUCUGAAAUGGCGGCAAGUGAGCAGAUGAUUUCGGAAUAGAAAGAGAUACAGCUAAUACACGAUUAAACAAUAUAAUAAAUAUUGUAACGAUUUUUCUAUUUAACCAGCAUUAUUUUAAAGCUUAAAAUACUAUAAACACGGCAUAUUUUUACUAAAUAUAUUACGUAACGAAUAAAGCACUUUAUUAUAUGUGAUUAUCUAAACUAAAAUUACUGGUUUUAAUUGCAAUAAAGAUAUUUCCUUAAGUUAAAAUGCAAAUAAAAA